CUGCAGAGAGCGCAAUCACACGGCUCCUGCGCCCAAAAGAACCCGGUUCCUCGCCAGCUAGCUAGCCUGCACCGCGUCCCACCGGCCACAGCCAGCGGCCACGGCCAGCCAGCCGACCAUGGGGCCAGCGGCGAGACGACGACACUGCCCGGCUCCGUCGUCGGUGACGCGCAGCAGGCGCCGUUCCCGUGGGAAGCUGGUGCUGCUCUGCGCGGCGCUCGCGUGGUGCGCCGUGCGCGCGCUGGAGUGGGCGUGGUGGCGGCUGCGGCGCUCGCCCGGGUGCUGCGGUCGCAGGGCCUCCGCGGCACGGCGUACCGCUCCCUCGCGGGCGACGCGCCGCUGACGGAGCAGCUCAACCGGGAGGCCAGGUCCCGGCCCUUGCCGCUGGGCUGCCACGACGUCGCGCCCAGGGCGAUGCCCUUGUUCCAUCAGACCAUGAAGGAGCACGGCAAGACGUCGAUCACCUGGUUCGGGCCAGUGCCAAGGGUGACCAUCACCAAGCCUGAGCUGGUGCGAGAGGUCCUGUCCAACAAGUUUGGCCACUACGAGAAGCUCAAGUUCGGUAGGCUUCAGAGGAUGCUGCACAACGGCCUGGGCAGCCACGAGGGCGAGAAAUGGGCCAAGCACCGCAGGAUCAUCAACCCCGCGUUCCAUCUCGAGAAACUCAAGCGGAUGUUACCUGCUUUCGCCCAGUGCUGCACGGAUUUGGUGAAGAGGUGGGAAGGCCUAGUUGCAGAUGGACAGCCGUGCGAGGUGGACGUGUGGCCUGAGAUGCAGAACCUGACAGGGGAUGUCAUCUCUCGCGCCGCAUUCGGCAGCAGCUACCUGGAAGGCAGGAGGAUCUUCCAGCUUCAGGGGGAGCAGGUUCAGCUCGUCGUUCAGGCCAUGCACAAGCUUCACAUCCCUGGAUACUUGUACCUGCCUACAAAAACCAACCGAAGGAUGAAGCAGAUCGCCUCAGAGAUCGAAGCGCUCCUCAAGGGCAUCAUCGCCAAGAGAGAGAACGCGCUGGGAACCGGCAGCGCGGCAAGCGAAGAUCUCCUUGGCCUGCUUCUGGAGUCCAACAUGGAGCACUGCAGGGGUGACGGCAACUCCAAGGCCGGCAUCACCACCGACGACGUCAUCGGGGAGUGCAAGCUGUUCUACUUCGCCGGCAUGGAGACCACCUCCGUGCUGCUCACCUGGACCAUGAUCGUGGUCUCCAUGCACCCGGAGUGGCAGGACCGGGCCAGGGAGGAGGUGCUACACGUCUUCGGUGACAAGACGCCGGACUACGAUGGCCUCAGUCGCCUCAGAAUCGUUACAAUGAUAUUACAUGAGGUUCUAAGGUUGUACCCGCCUAUACUGCUACUUGGCCGGGAGACGUAUCAGGAGACAGAGCUUGGAGGGGUCAGGUACCCACCUGGUGUUGUAUUUUCGUUGCCAAUUGUGUGCAUCCACCACAACCCAGGAGUUUGGGGAGAAGACGCAGACAAGUUCAGGCCGGAGAGGUUCGCGGAGGGCGUCUCCAAGGCAUCCAAGGACGCGCCGGCGUUCUUUCCGUUCGGCUGGGGGCCGCGGAUAUGUGUUGGUCAGAACUUCGCGCUACUGGAGGCCAAGAUGGGCUUAGCCAUGAUCCUGCAACACUUCUUGUUCGAGCUUUCACCGUCUUACACGCAUGCACCGUGCGCAGUCUCCACUCUGCAGCCACAGUAUGGGGCGCAGAUUAAGCUUAAGAAACUCUAA